GCGGCCGCUGAGCGGUUUGUUUUGCUGACGGUCCGGGCGCCGCGCGGAGGCGGUGCAGGGGAGAGACCGGGGCCCCCCUCCCCCCAUCCCGGUCCCGCCGGGGGGUGGAGCCGCUGCAAGGAGACGUUGUCUGCGGCGGCCCGGGCCUGGGAAUGCGGCGGCGGCGGCUCUGAGCCCUCCCCCCCCCUCCCUCUCCCCGGCCGCCAUGGAGCCGCGGCCGUGACAGCCUGGGGCCGGAGACAGCGCGCCGGAGAGCAGCUCCCCCCGCCCCGCUCCGCCCCGCCUGGGCGCGGGCCCGGCCGCCGCCGAGAUGGAUGAGCAGGAGGCAUUGAACUCCAUCAUGAAGGACUUGGUUGCACUCCAAAUGGGCCGGCGUCACAGGCUGCCUGGCUUUGAUACCAUGAAGAAUAAAGACACUGCUCAUUCCAACAAACAGAAAAAACACAAUGCCAGCAGUCCAGCCCUCCUGAGCAGCCCUACAAUAACAAACCAGUGUGCCUGUGCAGUAGAAGAAAAAAAAAUUCCGACUGAUGUAAGGAUAAAGUUUGAACAUAAUGGGGAAAGACGAAUUAUUCCAUUUGUCCGACCCGUGCGAUAUGAAGAUGUACAGCAGAAAGUGAAAACAGCCUUUGGCCAACCACUGGAUCUCCACUACAUGAACAAUGAGUUAUCUAUUCCCUUGAAAAAUCAAGAUGACCUGGAUAAAGCAGUAGAUAUCUUGGACCGAAGCUCAAAUGUGAAAAGCCUUAGAAUAUUACUGCUGUCCCAGGACAGAAACCAUACUAGUUCUUCACCACAUUCGGGGCUGCCAAAACAAGUCAGGAUCAAAACUUCCCAAUCUAUGGGGGAUGUGAACACAGCCUACCAGCCACCAGAGCCCAGAAGUAGGCUCCUGUCUGUCAGUUCUCAGAACACAGGCCGAAGUUCACCUCCCCCGGGGUAUGUUCCAGAGAGGCAACAGCGAAUUGCUCGCCAGGGCUCUUACACCAGCAUAAACAGUGAAGGCGAGUUCAUCCCAGAGACCAGUGAACAGUGUAUGUUGGACCCUCUAAGCAGUGCUGAAAAUUCCAUAUCAGGAAGUUGUCAGUCCUUGGACAGAUCAGCAGACAGCCCUUCUUUUCGGAAAUCACGGAUGUCCAGAGCACAAAGCUACCCCGACAACAGACAGGAAUUCUCAGAUCGUGAGAAUCAAAUAUAUGACAAAGCAGGGAAAGGGGGGACGUACCCUCGGCGCUACCAUGUCUCCAUGCAACACAAAGAUUACAGUGACGGCCGGAGGACGUUCCCCCGGAUACGGCGGCACCAAGGGAACCUAUUCACGCUAGUGCCAUCAAGCCGCUCCUUGAGCACCAACGGGGAGAAUCUGGGCCUGGCAUUGCAGUACCUGGACCCCCGUGGGCGCCUGCGGAGUGCUGACAGUGAGAAUGCCCUUACCGUGCAGGAAAGGAACAUUCCAACCAAAUCUCCAAGUGCCCCAAUAAACUGGCGACGAGGGAAACUUCUGGGACAGGGUGCCUUUGGUCGUGUGUACUUGUGCUACGAUGUGGACACUGGCAGGGAGCUUGCAGCUAAACAGGUCCAGUUUGACCCAGACAGUCCUGAAACAAGCAAGGAAGUGAGCGCGCUGGAGUGUGAGAUCCAGCUGCUGAAGAAUCUCCAGCAUGACCGCAUUGUUCAGUAUUAUGGCUGCCUCCGGGACCGAGCGGAGAAGACCUUGACCAUUUUCAUGGAGUAUAUGCCUGGGGGUUCAGUGAAAGACCAGCUGAAGGCCUAUGGUGCACUGACGGAAAACGUGACCCGGAAGUACACCCGCCAGAUUCUUGAGGGUGUCUCCUACCUUCACAGCAACAUGAUCGUGCACAGGGACAUAAAGGGAGCCAAUAUUCUCCGUGACUCUGCUGGGAAUGUGAAGCUUGGGGACUUCGGGGCCAGCAAACGGCUGCAGACCAUCUGUAUGUCUGGAACAGGUAUCCGCUCUGUCACCGGCACGCCAUACUGGAUGAGUCCAGAGGUGAUCAGCGGAGAGGGUUAUGGAAGGAAAGCAGACGUAUGGAGUCUCGGCUGCACUGUCGUCGAGAUGCUGACCGAGAAACCACCUUGGGCAGAAUAUGAAGCCAUGGCAGCCAUUUUCAAAAUUGCCACCCAGCCAACCAACCCCCAGCUCCCUUCUCACAUAUCGGAACAUUGCCGGGACUUUCUAAAGCGAAUCUUUGUGGAAGCCCGGCAGAGACCUUCAGCCGAAGAGCUGCUCAGACAUCACUUUGCACAGCUCCUGUACUGAAUUACCUCCCAUGCCAGCAGUUCACUCUGGGCUUUCAAUGCCCCUGCCUGGUGAAACCAUGCAAAUGACCGUUGUGGAGCUGCGUCUUCAAAAUGCUGUCUCAGCUGUCCUAGUCCUCUGGACAAGCGAUGCUGAGGACCCUGGGGUCUGGCCUUGUGUCCUGGUAUGUUUUGCUGGACUGAUGCUCAUUCUACCAAUGGCUGUGCAACACAGAGCUGCAUUUUGUCCUUGUUAGCUUGUGAGGUUGCAGCUGGCUGCAUGUUUUCUGCCGGCACAAGCAGAGGGAUCUAGGAAGCUUCUUGUUGAAUGUACGUAGGCAACAGAAAUCUGGACCAAAGUGGGACCCGGAGGAGCUAUGUUCAGAGUAGAAACAUACGACAGCCACCCAAACCCGCUCUCCACAGCGGGCUUUACAGUGUGGAUCGCUCUGUUUUCCAGACUGCUAGGUCUUUCCAGGCUUCUACAGUCCAAGAAUCCAGCAAAGCCAUGUGUCAUUGAGCACGCGCUCUCUAUAUAAUUAUCUAUUUUUCUUCUUAAGUAUUCAGCAUCUGAAGGUGUUCAGAAAAUAUUGAUUCAGAAAAUAUGUGAAUAGUAUUAUUUUAUAAUGAAACCUGGGGUUCGGGGUGGGAGGGGGAGUUGUUUUGCUAUCCAAAUGUCAGGAUAAUUAGAAAGGAGUUCCAGCAGAACACGUGCUUUAUAGGGCCUGUGCUAAAGGGCUCUCCCAGCGAGGUUAGGGAGUCCAUACUUGACUUUCAAGGCCAAAGUUAUCCUACUCACUGUACCUCCCUAAGACUUCUUGUUCCAAACAAACCUCUUCUGGAAGGGAGAGUUCGCAGGACGGCUUUCCGCUGCACCUGUCUUUUCAAGUGAUAAACUAUAUUUAUACCAAUCCCUUAAACCAAAGAUGAUUUCAAUGCUGCCAGAGAACUUACUUCAGGGAAAGGUUAAAUACUUGCAUUAGGCCAGACUGGCAAAGCUACAUGAAGAAAAUGGGUUGCCCUUCCUUGCAUAGGGAGGAGUUUUCUGGACACUAGUUCACUGGGCGUUCUAGGCUGAAACCAAAGGUGAUCUUUCCCUGCAUGUUUCAGUAUAUGUGGAAAUAUUCGUUUCAGGUUUCUAUGAUCUUUUAAAAAAAACAAAACAAAAACAUGUUAGAGAAGCUUUUGUAACUGAGACAUGUCAGUUAAUGAGGGAAAGGUAAAGAGCAUUUGUCAUGCCUGUCUAAAAUCAACUGGAAAAAUGGGAUUGGUCCCCAAGAGAGAGAGGCAUAAUGUACACAGACCACUUCACUCUGUUGCAGUGGUUCUCAAACUGUGGGUCGGGACCCCAAAGUGGGUCACGACCCUGUUUUAAUGGGGUCGCCGGGGUGGCUUUCUACUUGCUGGGGCCCAAGCCCCACCACCUGGGGCCCAAGCCCAAGCCAGAGUCCUAGGCAGCAUGGCUCAGACUUCAACGUCCGCCCUGGGUGGUGGGGCUCGGGUUACAGGGCCCCUACCCAGGAUUGAAGUCCUCAGGCUUCAGCCCCGCCACCUGCCUCCACCCCACCUGGGGCGGUGGGGCUUGGCCGGGCUCCUCCCCCUCCUGGGGUGGUGGUGUAAUUUUUGUUGUCAGAAGGGGCUUGCGGUGCAAUGAAGUUUGAGAACCCCUGCUCUAUUGUAUCUUGCCAUGGAUAUGUACCAAGCUUCUGACAUCUCUGCCCCUGGUGACUUGCUAGUCUCAAAUGCUGCAUUUUGGUUGGUACACUAGUCCUGGUCUUAGUGACACAGAGGACUGAAGGUAAUAAGACCUCAUUUAAAGGCACACUUGUGGCAGAUUAAGUCAUGGUUUUUAUUAAACAGGCUCCUCACCUAGGAGUAAAUAACACCUUGGGUUAAUAAAACUGAAAAGGCGUAAUCUAAAAUGGCUUUCAUGGACCAAACUGAGAGACAUGUAAGCAAUGAAAGCAGGCUAGUGAUUGUAAUCAGUUUCUAGUCAGUUUCACUUUCAGGCUCUCCGCCACUGACACAAGGAUGCAGUGUUUGGGUUGCAAGCAUCUUUUCAGAAAUUAUUUAAUUCCUGUGGAAACACAUCUGUUGAUUUUACAAAAACCUGGAUUUUGAGCCAAAAUGUUCCAGAUGGUGUCCCUUUUAAAAACAUACAGCCUCACUCUCGGUUGCCCUAUGCAUUGUCAUCACUUGCACCAGUGCAAAGUGGGGGUAUAACACUACCACUCUGCUUUGGGAGCAUUUUACACACACACUUUGCGCUGGUGCAAAUGACCACAUAAGGCGCAGGGCAAUGGAAAAUUGGACUCGUUCUCGAUAGGACUGAGUAGUCCUUCCAUUGGGCCAAUGGCAGCAUUAUUCAAGCCUGUGGUUUUAGCACUUGCAGCCAGCUCUUACCUUUUGAAAUGUACCAAAGAUCAGAGCCUUUUCCUGCUACAGAAUUUAACUUGCAGGUGUACAGCAGCCGUGAGGACCAAUACAGCAUUCUUCUUUGGCCCCUCUUUACCCAGCUUGUCCUCACAGAACUGACCAAGGCCUCGUCUGUGGUCUUUACUUAUUACCCAGCACAUCACUGUUUGGGAGAAUAGAAUAGGGGGCUGAGGAAAUGGUGCAACUUGUUUAACGUUUCAAAGCAACUAAAUCCUCAGGAUCUGUUGUGGCUUUUACCUCAUACGUAUCCCUGGAACGCUGUUCUGGAGCAGAGCAAAUAGCAUUCUGGACUGACGUGCCAAGUCCUUUACCCUGCCAGAGCCUCUGAUCUUAUCCAGAGCUCUGGCACUCCCCACCUAUGCUGAAAUGUGCCUACUCUGCGUAUACACUUGUAUUCCAGUUUUUAUUAAUGGAAGAGUAAAUUGCAGUUGUACAGUGACAGAAGACUUCUGUCUUUGAGAACAUGGUAAGCCAGCUCGGACUUCUUGUAUUCCAGUACCUGACCCAAUGCCGCCCGUUCGGCACAAGUACAAGCCAAAGCAUUACUUGUAUGUUUGGAGAUGCACUUUUAUGAAUGUAGUUUAUAUCGCUCUUUUUUAGCUCUUUUUACAUCAUGUAAACAUUGAUGCCUCAUACUUUUAUUUAUAUCGUAAAAGAUCAUAUUUGGUGAUUUUUAUAUAUAUCGACUCGACUGUUACAGGGGGAAAUAAAUUUGACACCUUUAUGAAUUUAAAAAGGAAAAACAAAAGCAGCUGGUUUUGCAGAGCAUUUGCUGAUGGUGUAGAACGAGUAGUGCCAACCCAAAAUGCCGCCUUUGGUUCCUCACCGGGCCUGUCAGGCACUCGCCCCCAUUCAUGCAAACUGAAAAUCUUCCAUCUGUCCCAAGUGGAGCAACCUUGAGGACUGACUCUCAUUCACACUAGGCCCCGUCCGCAUAAAGGGGCCUUAGAGUGGGCAUUCGUAUCCACU